CAUAGGGAAGUACAAAGCAUUAUAAUUAUUAAUAAAUAGAUACUCAUUAACACUAACAAUAUAGUAAUUAAAAAUACUCAGGGCAAAGUAAUUUUAACAAUUAUGAAUUAAAAAAUGAUUCAUAUCCUUCAAAUUAAUAAAACAACUAUUGAAUCCAAAACGAUAGGAUUCAUAAGAUUAUGUUAUCAAUUUACAGACCACUAGAGCUUAAGAUACAAGACUAAUCAAAUAAAAUACAAAAAAAUACAGAUGAACAUUUGCAGAUAAAGUAUAUUUAUUUUUAAAGGAAAAGGAAUUUUCGAUUUUAGAUUUCAUUCAAUAUGCUUAAACUUAAAUUGUACAUUUUAUACAAAUACUCCUGCAAAUUUUGUUAAUAAAAUACACUCGAAUAUUAUGUAAUUGCAACCACCUCAUAAUGA